AUGAAUAAUAAUUCUUAAAAUAUCAGGAAAACUAUAUCUAAUUAUACUUAUGAGAAUAAUGAUUUAAUAGGUUCCGGAUACUCAUCGAAAGUAUAUAAAGGAGUUAACACAAAAACUAAUUAAGUAGUAGCAAUUAAGGUAAUAAGUAUUCAAUAACUAACUACUCAAAUUUCCAAAAGUUUGCUAAAAAAUGAAAUUCAAGUAUUGAGUUUAAUAGAUCAUCCAAAUUUAAUGAAAAUUUAUGAUACAUUUGAAACUAAAAAUAAUAGAUAUUUGAUCUGUGAAUAUUGUAACGAACGGGAUUUGGCUGAAAUUUUAGACUCCACAUAAUUCACAGAAACAUAAACCCUAGAAGUGUUCUAAUAAAUUGCUUAGGGAAUUAAAGCAUUACAUGAUAAAAAAAUAAUACAUAGAGAUAUCAAACCAGCCAAUAUAUUAAAAUCUAAUGGAUCAUACAAACUAGCUGACUUUGGCUUUGCAGUUAUCGAGAACCAAUAUGAGAGCAUCAUAAAGAAGUUUAAUGUAGGCACCCCCAUGUACAUGGCUCCUGAAACUGCGCAAAAUAAUGUUUACUCAGAAAAAUCAGAUAUUUGGUCUUUAGGAAUAGUUUUAUUUUAGAUGAUAUAUCGAGAACUCCCUUUGUUUUCUAAAUAGGAAAACGAAUUAAGUAAGAAGCACUCAUUUCUCAUCAACAAAAUCAAAAAUGAUACAAUAACUACUCCUAAAACUAAAGAACUAAUGCUAAAUAUGUUGAAUAUUGAUCCAGAAAAGCGAAUGUCCAUUAAUGAAAUCAUUGCCAACUUGUCAAUUCAACCUAAGAAAAUCUAAACUCUUUCACAUCAAAGCAUUCCAUAUAGAUCUAUUAAAACCAGUUAUAUUUCUCAAGAUCUAUAAUAGUCUAGAUCAUAAUUAGAAGAUUAGUUACUAAAUAAUUAAUCACUCUCAAAUAAUGCAGGAGGUAUCAGUGAAAAUUAGCUUAAGGAACAUUUAAAUUUUAAAUCACAUGAGAUAAUAGGAUUAUAAAAUUUAGAUUCUAAAAAAGUUAUUAAAAUAAAUUAAGUUGCUUAACUUAUAGAUGCUAAAAAAAGUCAUACUGAUUUGGAAGAGAAACCUUAUGAUUUGACUCUUUAAAUCAAUUAAAUUAACUCAAAUUUAUUAAUAGAGUAACCAAUAAAAGAGUCUUACACAUAAAAAAUUGAAGCAAUCCCUAAGCCUUAAUAAUAAUCGUCGAUUAAAUUCACUAAUUUUACUCUUGAAUCUAGACUUAAAAACUAAAAAUCACUUGAAUUAAUUGACAUGCAAAGCAAAAAUCAAGAAUUAAUCCCGGAGUAAUAACUCAAAUAAACCUCACAAAAAGAAUAAGAAAAAAUAACUGCCAUUAAGAUACCUAUAACAACAUAAAAUUUUGAUAAUAAUAGCAACACCCAUGGCUUAUCUGGAGAAGAAAAUAGUACCAAUGACACUAUAAAUAAUCAUUAAUUUUCAAACUGCCAUUAGAUUUUGUAAGAAAAACAAAAAAUCAUAGAUAUUUCCUAAAGUUUAUAAAAGUAAUCUUACUCAGUUUAAAAUAGCAAUUCUAUUUAACAAAAGAAGUCUCCUGUUAGGGUUGUAUAAUCUCAAUAAAAUAUCAUGACUCCAGCUUUAAAAUCAUCUGGAUUGAGCUUAUAAAAGAACCCUUAGGAGAAUAAACAAAAUUGCUAUUUCUAAACUAAUACAACCUCUUAAUUUAGGCAAUUUGCAUCCUAAACCAAAUCUAAAUAAAAUGUUAUUACUGAUAAAUUCACAAGUGAUUUUAAUUCUAAUAUCUAAGAUGAUAAGGAAGAAUUUCUUUCUGCAUCAAUAAGGCCUACUUACAAAUUUUUAUUGUAUUUAAAUAGUGUCCUUAAAUAGUUUGAUUGUAUUAAUACAGAAGACAAAUAAAAAUGCUAUUUUUUAAUCAGAAAGCUUUUAGGAAUCAAGGCAACUUAUGUUUAAAAGUAUUGUCCAUCAAAUAAACAAGGCAUUAUAUAAGGCUGGAUCGAUAACUUUUUAUCAUUUUAUUCAAAAGUAGAAACUGUAUUUUAUAUCACUCCUGAUAAAUAAUUUGAAUAAUUUUUCAAUAAAGAUUUAUCUGAAUUUAGAGUUAGUUUCUCUUAAUUGUUAUUGCAUUAUUUAUAAAAAAUAAAUAUAGUUAAAUUACAGAAAGAUUUCCAGGUUAUCUAAGAAAUACUGUUAGAAAAUCAAAAAUAGAAUAAUGAUCCUAUAAUGUUUGCUAGAAGAUGGGAAAAUGACUAAAUUUGA